AUGGCGUUUCAGGUUUUAACAGAGAAAUCUCUCGGUUAUACAUUCGACAAGAUAGAUGUGACGCCAAAUUCUGUCAAAAACUCUUACUGGAAGAAAGAGCUUUUCGAGUGUAUGGAAAAUGGCAAAGCCGAACGUGUACUAACGCGCGUCCAGAGCCAAAGAGAGUAUUUGGAUUAGAUUGUUUCUCAAAGAAACGAAGUCCUUACUUUGCUCUCAAGGGUUGAAGCCAAAGGGAAAGGCAUUCUGCAACAUCACCAGAUCAUUGCUGAAUUUGAGGCAAUGCCUAAAGAAACAGAGAAGAAGCUUGAAGGUGGAGCUUUCUUCGAACUCCUUUGAUCAACUCAGAAAGCAAUUGUGUUGCCUCCAUGGGUUUUUUUAGCUGUUAGGCCAAGACCUGGAGUUUGGGAUUACAUAAGAGUAAACCUCCUUGCUCUUGUUGUUGAUGAGCUUCAAGCUUCUGAGUAUCUUCACUUUAAAGAAGAGCUCGUAGAAGGAAUUAAGAAUGGCAUUUUCACUCUCGAGCUUGACUUCGAGCCCUUCAAUUCUACAUUCCUUCCUCCUACGCUCUCCAAAUACAUUGGAGAUGGCGUUGAGUUCCUAAAUCCAAAGCUCUUCCACGACAAGGAGAGAUUGCGUCCUCUGCUCAAGUUCCUCUGCCUCCAUAGCCACGAGGGCAAGACUAUGAUGCUUAACGACAAGAUCCAGGGCCUAAACAUACUGCAAUACAUUCUUAGGAAAGCAGAGGAGUAUCUGAUGGAGCUGAAACCCGAGACACUUUACUCGGAGUUUGAGCACAAGUUCCAGGAGAUUGGUCUGGAGAGAGGUUGGGGAGACACCGUAGAGCGUGUCCUGGACAUGAUCUGACUUUUUCGCCUUCUCGAGGCACCAGACCCUUGCACUCUCGAAAAUUUCCUUGGAAGGAUCCCAAUGGUGUUUAACGUUGUGAUCCUCUCUCCGCAUGGUUAUUUUGCUCAGGACAAUUUUCUUGGUUACCCUGACACUGGUGGUCAGGUUAGAAUUAAACACUUUGAAAUGUUCGGUUUUCUUUCUCAACAAGAACUUAACAUUACUCCAAGAAUCCUCCUCAUUACUCGGCUGAUUCCUGAUGCAACAAGAACCACUUGUGGUCAGCGUCUAGAGAAAGUAUACGGAUCUCAGUAUUGUGACAUCCUCCGUGUGCCUUUCAUAACAGAGAAAUGUAUGGUUUGCAAAUGGAUCUCGAGGUUAGAGGUGUGGCCGUAUCUAGAAAAUUACACCGAGGCGGCUGAAACUCUUGCUGAUUUCUUCACCAAGUGUAAGCAAGACCCAUCUCAUUGGGACCAGAUUUCUUUUGGAGGGCUUCAGAGGAUCCAGGAGAAGUAA